AUGGCCGAUAAAGUAAGAUACUACUUGGAACAGUCAGUUCCUGAAUUGGAAGACUUGCAAGACAAAGGUUUGUUCGAGAGAAAUGAAAUCACUAUGAUUAUGAGAAGAAGAACCGAUUUCGAACAGAGAAUUCAAGGGAGAGGAAGUAGACCAAGAGAUUUCCUCAAAUAUUGUGAUUUUGAAGUUAAUUUGGAAAAAUUAAGAAAGAAAAGACUUAUAAGACUUAAGUCAGUUGGGUUGAUCAAACAAAAAAGAAGUAUAAGUGAUUGGGCAGGACCAAGAAGAAUACUUUUCAUCAUGCAAAGAUCAGUUAGAAGAUUCCCUGGUGAUCUAGAAUUAUGGGCUAAAUAUUUACAACAAGCCAAAGAACAUGGUGCCAUCAAAGUUAUCUAUAGUGUUUAUUCUAGAUUAUUACAAUUACAACCUAGAAAUAUUGAUGCAUGGUUAUCAGCUGCAAGAUAUGAAUUCGAAGAUAAUUCUAACGCUAAAGGUGCUAGAGUUUUAUUCCAAAGAGGUUUGAGAUUGAACCCUGAUUCUUAUGAGUUAUGGUUGAAUUAUGCUCAAUUUGAAUUAACCUACGUUUCUAAAUUGUUGGCAAGAAGACAAGUUUUGGGUUUAGUUACUGAAAAAGAACAAACUGAAGAUUUACAAAAAGAUGAAAGAAGACGAGAAGCUGAAUUGAAUAAAAACUCAAAAGUUCUUGAUAAUGAUGAAGAUUUCAAUAAAGAUGUUAUUAGCUUACCUACUGUUAGUGCCGAUGAAGUGAAUGACCAAUUGAAUCAUCUACCAGAAGCCGAUAUGAAUAUGUUGGGUAAUGCAGAAACCAAUCCAGUUUUAAGAGGUGAUAUUGCAUUAACAAUUUAUGAUUUAUGUAUUCCUGCUAUUUUGAAAACAAUUCCAAAAAAUUCAACGAUUUCAACUCCGGAGGAUAAAGUUUUUGAAAUUUCUCAAGCAUUUUUAUCAAUUUUUGAUCAAUUUGAUAAUCUCAAUAGAGACUACUUAUAUUUACACGUUCUUACUUAUUUACAAAACAAUCAUUCUAAUGAUAUAAGAACUCCUUUAAUUGACAUAAAUUUGUCAACUAGAACUUUGAAGAUUAGUGAUGAAAAUUUUGCUGAAGUUUUACAAUUAUCAGUCAACAAAUUCAUUGCUUACAAAAUGAAGCUUAAGAAUAAUAAAGACAAAGAUGAGUUAACCAAUAAGUAUACCAGUUAUCUUAAUGAAAAGUUUUUGACUCCUUCAAUCGAAUCAAACCAAUCAAAAAGAGUUACUACCUUAUUAAAGGCCAUUAUCAAAAAAUGUCGCUCUAUUUAA